AUGCCCCUGGGACUCACAGGGACCAUGCUCCUGGGACAAUGCUCUUGGGACUCACAAGGACCAUACUCCUGGGACUCACAGGGACCAUACCCUGGGACUCACAGGGACCAUACUCCUAAGACUCACAGGGACCAUACCCUGGGACUCACCAGGGACCAUGUUCCUGGGACUCACAGGGACCAUGCUCCUGGGACUCACAGGGACCAUACCCUGGGACUCACAGGGACCAUGCUCCUGGGAAUCACAGGGACCAUGCUCGUCGGACUCACAGGGACCAUGCUCCUGGGGCUCACAGGGACCAUGCUUCUGGGACUCACAGGGACCAUGCUCCUCGGACUCACAAGGACCAUGCUCCUGGGACUCACAGGGACCAUACCCUGGGACUCACAGGGACCAUGCUCCUGUGACUCACAGGUACCAUGCUCCUGGUACUCACAGGUACCAUGCUCCUGGUACUCACAGGGACCAUGCUCCUGGGACUCAUAG